AUGAAUCCCAACCUCCACGCCGAUACACCACCACCCCCACCGCCGAAACCAGGCAGUCAUGAGGCCAGUCGCGGCGGCACACCACAAGUCGGCUCGCCAUCACCAACGGCAGCGCAGCUCCCGCAGCAGGGCCAGUACGGAUUGGACGUAACGAACCAAUACCUCAACCCAAGCACAGUCAAUCCGACCGCGAAUGGCCCCCGGCCUCCGGCAAUUGAAGAAGGCUGGCUACCUGAGGGUAUCAAAGAAAAAUCAACAAUCGACCUCCAAACAAUCCUCGAAACCCCAUCACUAAUCUCUGCCCUUUCCGCCACCCAUCCAUCUCACCAUUGCCAUCAGGAAAUGCUUCAGACGCUUCUGAAAUAUAACCAAGACCUGGCAAAUCACCUUCUCGACCUACAAUCUCAACUCACAAGUCUCCGCUCCUCUACCGAGACACUCCUGCUCCAGCACCAAUCUCUUGAAGUCUCAUGGCGGAAGAAGCAGGGCGAGAUGGAUUCCGCCCUGGCACCGUGGUCGCCAAAGGCAUUGUAUCAGCGGUUAAGUGCGGGUAUAGCGGAACAGGAGGCUGUUUGUUUUGCUGUUGAGGAGAGCUUUUUGGAGGGCGAGCAUCAUGGUAAGGCAUCAGAGAAGGAGGUUGCUGAUUGGGUUAGACGGGUUAGGGCGGAAGGGGCAAAGUUAGCUGGAAGAAGGGAGGCGAAGGCGAGGUGGGAUGAGGGGAGGGUUGGGGGGUGGAGGUAG